AUGGCGGGCCGUGGCAAGGCGAUCGGCGCUGGCGCCGCGAAGAAGGCGACGUCGAGGAGCUCCAAGGCCGGGCUCCAGUUCCCCGUCGGCAGGAUCGCCAGGUUCCUCAAGGCCGGCAAGUACGCCGAGCGCGUCGGCGCCGGUGCCCCCGUCUACCUCGCCGCCGUCCUCGAGUACCUCGCCGCUGAGGUCCUGGAGCUUGCAGGGAACGCCGCGAGGGACAACAAGAAGACCCGCAUCGUGCCGCGCCACAUCCAGCUUGCCGUGCGCAACGAUGAGGAGCUGACCAAGCUGCUGGGUGGCGCCACCAUCGCGAGCGGCGGCGUGAUGCCCAACAUCCACCAGCACCUGCUCCCCAAGAAGGCUGCCUCGUCCAAGGCCACUGUCGACGACGACGACAACUGA